CAGCGCUCAUAAAUACUUCAAAAGCAUUUCCAGUACUUUGCAGGAUACAACCUACAUUCGAUUUCCUUACCUGAUGAGAAUAAAUUGUCUCACACUUAAUUAAUUAUAGGUAAAGAUUGUGUGUUUAUUUACACGGAAUGGAGUAAUAAAAGUUAAUAAUUUCGUCAUAAUUGCGGAAUAUCUUUAUGCAAUAUUCAAACAUUUUAAAAAUAGAGGAUAACAAAGAUAGACGAAGAUUAAUGACAAAAGGAAAAGAUUAGAAAUUAUGUUGCCUUUCGGUAAUCCUUCGAGAAUAAAAUUAUCUAACUGUAUUAAAAUGGAGGUAAGCUAUAUAGGUUCCAUUCCAACCGAUAUAAAGCCGUCGAAUGGAUGUACAAUUAAACCUGUUGAGAAUAUAUGGAGAAGGAGUGUCUCGGAAGACAAACUUCCAAGAAUGCUGUUAACGCUCAAUCCCUCGGGUAUUCAACUUCGAAAUAUCAAAUCUUCCGAAAUUAUGGAAUUUAAAUGUUCAGAUAUAGGACAUUUCUGUGCGUUACAUCCAAAUAUGGAAAGAAUAUUCUCAUGGCUGCACGCACAAAAUGGAGAUAGAAAUCAGCUAUGGGUACACGCUAUAUUUACAUCAUCCGCUGUUCAUUCAUAUUAUUUAGCUAGACAUUUGGACGAAUAUUUUAAAGUGAAUUCUGAAGCUGAUGAUUUAAUAAAGGAAAAUUUAUUAAAAUAGAAUUCGAAUUGAACAAGGAACUGAAAGAAAUUCUAAAUAAAUAAGAUAUAUAUGUAUAGAAAAGACUGAAAAGGAAGAACUUGAUCAAGAAUAUUAUAGAUAAUCGAACAAUAACAAACUGGCAAUCAUACUUUGUUUUUAUUAAUACAAGUGUUUUUAAUCAUUGAUUAUUUUCAAGAAGAAAGAAGUGGAAAGGUAAAGGAGAAAUAGAAAUAGAAAAUAGACACUUGAAUUUACUCUUUCCUAACUCUAUUUUCUAUGAGAAAGGCAUAAGAAGGUCUUAACUCCUCAAGAUAUAUCUAAACCUUUUCGAAGAUUUUUUCUUCUCACUGCCUAUAAAUAGUUCUCUCCUAUAGAGAUUAUUAUGAGAGCAGUAUAUGUUAAAGGAUUAAGUAAUAAUAUAAUGAAUUAUUCUAUUGUUAUGUGACUUAGUUUAUCUUUUGUAUAGCUGUCUGCUUCUCUGUCCGUAUCUUUUGAUGUUUUUAUUGUUCCUAUCUUUCCUCCAUUACCUAAAUGUUCACCUCUCUCCCUCUCACUAACCUGUAUUUAUUACUCUUCCACCUAUACUCUUACUAAAUCAGCUAAACUUGAUAACGUGACGCUAAUUUCUUCCUAUCAUUGUUUAGAUCCUGAUAGAAAGAAAAAAUGAGAUCUGAUUACUUUUUUAAACAGAAAAAUAUGGAUAUUUUUUAACGAAAUAAAUCAAGUUUAAUAUUUUUUUUAAUCAAUUUUCAAAUCAAUUCAUUUAAAUAGUAAAAUAUAUGUUCAAAGUAUAUUUCCUGCUUUUAAUUACAUUUUAUAUAAACUUUCAAAGGAGAAAAAGCGAGAGCUUUCCCUUUGAAUGAUGACGGCGACGACCGUUAGUGCAUACGCGACCUGGCGACGCCUCUCUACUCCCCCUUUCCAAAAUUCCUUUCGCAUUCUUAGUGAAAUUCCGUAAAUUUGUAUACUUUACCUAUUCUUCUCUCGUCUUUUUCGUGAGGUUUAUUACGUUUAUUCGUUCGAAGUUUUAUUAAUUUAUCUAUUCAUUUAAUUAUUGUUUAUGACUUGUUAGAGUUUUUAAAGGUUCUAUAUUAAUACUCUUUAAUAAUGUAUCGAUUUGCUCCGUAGUAAUGCAUCUGACUACAAGUCUAUUCUGUGAAACAUAAUUCAUUUCUAAAUUCAAUAGGUUGGUAUAGUGAGGGAGUAAGUGAAUGAGGGAGAGGUAGAUAAAUAAAAUAUCACGUAUCUAAAUCAAAUACUAUGUAGGAAGAGGAUUACCUAAUAUUGACAAAAUAUGACACUUUUACGUAAAAAUAUUCUAAUUACCUAUUUACAAUAUAUACAAACAAAAACACGUUGUUUGUAACGAUCUACU